AUGACACUAACACAAACCCUCCUCCACCUCACCAACUUCCGCUCUCCCUUCCUGCGCACGCUGGUCCCCGCCGUCGGCGCAGCCUAUCUCCUGCAAGCCGCCGUCGCAAUCCCGAGUAUCGCGGCCCAGUCCGAACGCUUCUAUGAUUUGAGUGGCAGUUUGACGUAUUUGAGUGUGACGGCCUUGUCGCUUUAUUUGCCGACGGUGAGGGCGAGGGCGGCGGCGGGGGUGCUGGGGAAGGGAAAGGGGAGUGUGGAGUGGCCUAAACUCCUCGAAGCAUUUACCGGAACUGGAGGUGCCAAUGCGUUGAAUUGGAGACAGGUAGUUUUGAGUGCGGCGGUGGGGAUUUGGGCUACGAGACUUGGUAGUUAUCUCUUCAAGAGAAUAAUGGAGGAUGGACAUGAUUCUCGAUUCGACGAAAUCAAAAAAUCCCCCACUAAAUUCUUUGGCGCCUUCUUCGCCCAAGCAACUUGGGUAUCCCUUUGCUGUCUCCCCGUCCUCGCCCUCAACUCUCUCCCACACCCUCUUCUCUCCACCCUCCCCACUCUCAUGCUAACCGAUAUCAUCGGACUUCUCCUCUUCGCCGGCGGUCUCUCCUUUGAAAUCGUCGCCGAUCGCCAAAAAUCCGCCUGGGUCGCUGCGAAGAAGAGAAAAGAGCACGAUGAGGAUUUCCUCACCAGUGGUCUGUGGAGUAAAAGCAGACAUCCAAAUUAUUUCGGAGAAGCGACGUUGUGGACUGGAAUUGCGGUUUUGAGUGCGGGGGUGCUUACCGGGAGAGUAGGUCAGUUGGGGAUGGGCACGAGUGGGGUUUGGGGGAAGGCGUUGGGGGUGGGUAUUGCGGGAUAUGAUAAGAAAUACGGACAUCGAAAGGAUUAUCAGCAGUGGAAGGAGAAUACUCCGAUGUUCAUUCCGAAGUUUUAG